UUUCUUCCCGGAGAUUUUCUUUCUUUCUUUCUAUUAUUCAUUCAAGAAAAUUUCCAAAUUUCUGCCAAUUCAUUUCAAUCUUUCAACAAUCAUAAGCUUUCUGACGAAUUCGCCUGCACUCGAGCUUGCUGCUGAGUCUCUACCCUUCUGCACCUGGCUAAAAUGUCAGGCCUAGAAGGAAAUGAGGCUAUUGAUUUAACAAGAGAAAGGAAGUCAGAUCGUGAGAGUUCGGAAGAUGAGAUUCGGCUAUCCAGACUUGGAUCGUUAAAAAAGAAGGCAAUGAAUGCUUCUAACAGGUUCACCCACUCGUUUAAAAAAAGGCGAAAGAGGAAAGCUCAUUACAAAGCUCCUUCCAUUCCCAUUGAGGAUGUUCAUGAUGAAAAUGAGGAACGACUUGUAUGUGAAUUGAGGGAAAAGCUCCUUGAUAAGGAGUUACUGCCAGUUAAACAUGAUGACUAUCAUUUCUUGUUGAGGUUCUUAAAGGCGAGGGAUUUUGACAUUGAAAAAACAAUCAUCAUGUGGGAAGAAAUGCUAAAUUGGCGAAAAGAGUUUGGAGCAGAUACAAUAUUGGAGGAUUACGAAUUUGCUGAGCUUGAAGAAGUGUUGCAGCAGUAUCCUCAAGGGUACCAUGGAGUAGACAGGGGAGGGAGACCCAUUUACAUUGAAAGGCUCGGCAGUGCACACCCUAGCAAACUUAUGCAAAUUACUUCCGUUGACCGCUACCUAAAAUACCAUGUCCAAGAGUUUGAACGAGCUUUUAAUGAAAAAUUUCCGGCUUGUUCAAUUGCCUUUAAGAGACAUAUUAGUUCAACUACAACAAUAUUGGAUGUGCAAGGCAUGGGUUUAAAGAAUUUCACUCCCACUGCUGCAAAUAUUCUUGGAGCCGUGACAAAGGUUGACAAUAACUACUACCCAGAGACACUACAUCAAAUGUUCAUCGUCAAUGCCAGCUCAACUUUCAAGAAAUAUUUGUGGCCUGCUGCUGUAAAGUUCCUAGAUGCAAAGACAAUCCCAAAAAUUCAUGUGUUGGAACCUAAAUCUUUGGAAAAACUACAAGAAGCAAUCGACCCAAGUCAAUUGCCUGACUUCCUCGGGGGUUUAUGCACUUGUUCUUCUGAGGGUGGCUGCCUUAGGUCUAAGAUAGGUCCAUGGAGUGACCCUGAAAUUAUGAAGCUUGUAAACAAUGCAGAAGCGACAUUUGCAAGGCAUAUCACUAGAGUUUCCAGCGAUCAACAAAAAAUCGACUCUUCUAUCCAAGUACAACCUGUGAAGGGUAGAAGCGAUAGAUCAGCUAUUGAAUCAGGAUCGGAUGCGGAUGACCCUUGUAUAGCUAGCCCAAAUAGUUCUAGAGUUCCAGAUUUUGCAUCAAUUAGUGGCGAAGCCAUGGCAUCUGAUUCACCCGUUUACUAUAGUUGUGAUGAUGAUGAUGAUUCUGGCCCAUUUAAUGGAGCUACUACUUCUGAUCAGCUGGAAAUGUCUCCAAGCCGAUCUUCUUUAGUAGACAAUGAGGAAGUAACUUCUGGCGAUGUAUGUAUCCAAUUGUUGAACAUCAUUCAAGAAAAGAUUGUGAAGAGGGGCUUUAAAUAUCUAACAAGACCAGUUGUUAUUUUGGCGACAAAAUUGAUGACACUAGCUUCUAGCCUACCAAUUGGCCCUAGUGCGGUGGCACCCAUUGAUUCGGUCUCUAAUAUGGAUCAGAUCCUUCCAUGUUUGGAGCGUAUUAAAAAACUUGAAAAGAUUUUGGAAGAACUCAAAAAGAAGCCUGCUCGAAUUUCUGCAGAGAAAGAGCAGAUUUUGGAACAUUCAAUGGAAAGGAUCAAGUCUGUAGAACUUGAUCUUGAUAAAACCAAGAAAGUACUACAUGCUACUAUGGUCAAGCAACUUGAAAUUUCGGAAUUGAUGGAAAGGUUGCAGCAAUUUAAGUUUUGUCAACGAAGGAUGUGUUGAUCUAUGAUGUACAGGAGAAACAGGAAGAGAGGUAUUUAAUUUGCUGAAAAUUAAUGGACCAGAGAAACUAGAAUAGCCUAAAUGGCUACAAAUGUGAUAGGCAUGCAAGCAGCCAUACAUUUCCCUUGUUCUGUUCUCCAUUAUACUAAUUGUGGUUUAUAUCUGCUAAAAAGAUAGAGUUACGAUCAAUAGGUCGUGUAAUGUUGACUGAAUAAAGUUCUUGAAAUGAAAUGUGAAUACAUGGUUUAGAA